GCAGUGGGGCUGGGUCAUACUUGGGUGCAGCUCUACCAGAGAAGGAAGCGGAGUUUCCGGCUGUUUGCAGCGGAGUGAGAGGGUUGCUGACGCCGCGAAACCCCGAGGAAGAAGAACGCCGCCGGCUCGGGGGGCCAUUAGCUUCAUGCAUUGAUAGUGGCCGGUUGGUUUUAUACCGGGAGGUUGUUGAAUUGUUUACAAACUUGAGGAGUGGUGCAGCUAAUCAAAGGAAGAAGCGGCACAAGGCGGGGGUGAGCUACUAGCUACCGGCAUGGCCAGAGACUACGAUUACCUCUUCAAGCUGCUCAUCAUCGGUGACAGCGGAGUGGGGAAGAGCAGUCUCCUCCUGCGAUUUGCAGACAACACAUUUUCAGGUAGCUAUAUCACCACGAUCGGUGUAGACUUUAAGAUCCGGACAGUGGAGAUCAACGGGGAGAAGGUGAAGCUUCAGAUCUGGGACACGGCAGGGCAGGAGCGCUUUCGCACCAUCACCUCCACAUACUACAGGGGAACGCAUGGGGUCAUAGUUGUAUACGACGUCACGAGCGCCGAGUCUUUCGUCAACGUCAAACGAUGGUUACACGAAAUCAACCAAAACUGUGACGAUGUGUGCCGAAUAUUAGUGGGGAACAAGAACGACGACCCCGGCUCCAAGGUGGUCGAGACGACUGACGCGCAGAAGUUUGCAGAGCAAAUGGGAAUCAGUUUGUUUGAGACGAGUGCAAAAGAGAACGUCAACGUGGAAGAGAUGUUCAACUGCAUCACAGAGUUAGUGCUACGAGCCAAGAAGGAGGUGCUAGCGAAGCAGCAGCAGCAGCAACAGAACGACGUGGUCAAGCUCACCCGGAACAGUAAACGGAAGAAAAAGUGCUGCUAACAAACUCCGAGCCAUCCACCUCAAGACCGGAGGCAGCGUUUCGUCAUAAAAGCAUUCAUAUUUGAUGGGACUCAGAGCAUCUAAAUUAAAGAGAAGAUAAAGUUUUAAUAAAUAUACAAUAAAAGAUCAAAUACAAUAACAUAAAAGGAGAAAAAAAAUGUCCCUUUUGGACAAACUAAUCAUGGAGACUUAAAAAAUAUAUAGAUUUUUAUCAGAUGUCCGAACAAGUUUUACUUGGAAUUCAUCAGAUGUGCUUCGUUGACAUGAGGUCCUCCAACUGUUAAAGGAUCUGCAAACUAACAACUGACCGCCACAAAGCUCAGAUUUCUGUCCGCAUCAUCCCCGCGCUCCUCCAUCAGCAUCUUAUCCGUCACUCGUUCCUCUGCACACGGGACAUCCGGAGUCACGGCCGACUGCACCUGACGAGGACGAGGGCUCACCAUGUUUGGGGUUCGUUUGGGACUGGGGUGUGUUGGGCGUGUGAGGAAGAGCAGCGGCCUCGGCUCAUGCCAAACGCUCGGGACUUCAUUGUAUCUGUCCUUAUGUGGGGGAAAUCACUGGGAGGAGGACGAUGGUGUUGAUUGAUAGAUGAUCUUUUAGCAGCUUAUCUGAUGGACAGAACUGGUGACUUCUCAUGUUUAUUUUUGUGUAUUUUGCCAAGCUUCCCACCUUUUUCCCCUUUCUAACCUUCAGUAGUGCUGAGCCAUUGAUAAUCAGUUCUUUUUCUAUUUCUUUAAAGUGCAGCAGAGCAGUUUAUUCACCGAUAAAAGUUCUGACUGCACAUUCACAGUAGUCUGACAACGCUUUAAAAGUCUGAUUUUAAACCUUUUUUUUCCUUUUUACAAGAUACUGCCAAUGUUUUAAAGAAUCAGGAGCUCAUCAGAGGCUCUUAUUGGACUGUUGCCAUAGUGGCCACCGAUUGGCCGAGAAGCAGGGUGAAUCAGCGUCUGAUGGGACCCUGUUGAGUCCUCAGGAAGUGCUCCCCUCUAUUUUUUUUUUUUACUUAUUUCUUGCAGCCUUCUCUUCCUUUAACAGCCGCAUAUCAGCAAUUCUGACGGCGACAGACUGGCAACGCUUCGCAAGCUUUUUAGCCUGGAAUGUGGCGUCUCCCGACUGUCACAGUGACGGCCAAUCAACCCACAGUGGACUCCGGCUUCUGAUCUCCUUCAUUUUUUAAAGCGUGAAAGCCUUUUUCUCUAAAGGAGCAUGUAUGAUGGAUUGGAUGCAGAAGCUUGCUUUCACCCUGCAGAGACGUCUGUCAACCGCUGACUGGUGUUGAGAGUCUGUGUCAUCAUGACGUGAUCAAAUGGAAGUGUUGGCAGACGAAGCAGCGAUCAAGGGGGGGGGGGUGACCUACAGCACUGGAUUCCUGUGAGCGUUCUUCGCCGGGCCUAUCACAGAGACUGUAACAGCGUGCACGGGUGGUUUGUUUUUUAGGUUUCUUUUAUUUUUUGGUUUAGAAUUGGGAGAGCUGUAGGUGUUGUGGAAGCUGCUGGUGAAACCCUUUUUCACCCUCUCUUGGCAGACUGGUUGGUAGUUUGACAUCAUACAUGUCAAAGGGACAUGAAAGGAGGGGGGGGGCGAUAGAAAUGGUAUCAAAUCUCAUCCUUUUUUUUUGUUUUUUUCCAUUAUGUGUAUGUAAAUAUAAAUAUAUUUGUGUGUUUAUAUUAAGUAUAGAACAUGCACACACAAUUAGCACACCAGCCUGUGCAUGUGUCCAACAUGCCCCGUGUGCUUUGGUUGAAACACACUCGUCAGCUGUGGUUUUCUGUACACUGGAGAAAAAAAGAGAGAUGUACUAUUCAAUUUCCCUACAUGGAUUUAAUCAGUAAUAAACGUUUUAAAGUAAUAAAUAUUGGACACACAAAAACUGA